AUGUUCUGUCCAGACAAAAAAUCAUCAAAACAUAUAUUCUUCAAGUGUCCAUCGGUCAAUAAACCGAUACAAGAAAUAAUAAAUCAAAUUUUAAAAGAAGCUCAGUAUGAUCCGGUUCCAACACAAAGUGCCCUAUUAUCAUCAGGAUGCCCAUCUACAUCAACUAAAAUCACAUAUUUCUUUUUAAAAGCUCGCAAGCAUUUAUUUAAAACACCACUAUCACCUCAGUACUUAAAUGGAACCACCUCAUAA